AUGUCUCGCCCCACAUACGCUUUCGUCACACUCUCUCCCAGCGCCGCCUCAACCGACGUUCUUUCUUCUCUCCCUGGCGCUGAGCCGUCUUCGCCGCUCACGGGCGCAUCCGCUGAGAGUGUCUCUUCCUCUCGGCUCUUUUCUGGCGUUUCCGCGCAACGGAGAUCCGGAGGCACGGCGGGAGCCGCGUCUCCUUCGGCUUCGACCGCCAGAGUCGACCGGAGGCCUGUGCCUUCUGCGCGCUCCACGGACGCGGUCACGCCUCCUGCCUCCGCGUCUCCGGCGUGGAAUGACAGAGUUGCGCAAGAUGGAGAAGAGCCGGGUGAAGCGCACGGAGGGCUGGCCUCGCCGCGGGGGCCGUCGGUCGACCUGAAGGAUCGAAGGGCGAAGACAGGAAGCGCACAAGAUGUUGCGAGCGAAGGCCGAGAUGGAAUGAAAGAGAAGGGAAGGAGAUCUGAGGACGCGAAACAGUUGGACGUUCCAUUCGCGCUCCCGAAAUCGAAGCCGACAGCUGAUCCAAGCGCAAAACUGGUCAACUCUCACCUGCAGAGUUCCACUCCGCAAGCGAGUCAUGCAGUCCCGCAGAUAGCGCUGGCUGCUUCCCAGAGCAGUUCGCGAUCUUCGCCGCUCCCGUUUCCGUCCGUCGCUGCACACCCCCCCCAAGGGCAGACUCAUCAGUCUUGUCGUGUCUCAAACGUGUUGUCUCCUUCGCCCCUUUUUCUUCCUACACAGUGGCCCGCGCUCGAGCCCCGACGUUUGUCAGUGCCCGAGUUUGACGGUAGCGAGCUCCCCGCGGUAGCUCAGGAAGACGCGGCGAUGAUGCUCAAAGAUUUCGCUUCUCUGCUCCAUCGUCUGGAGUUUCUGGGUCGCGAGAGUCGCGAGCGGCCUCGACAGGUUCAGCGUAGAGACGCCGGAAGCAUGGUCGGUUCUUUCCUCGAGAGGCUCGAGCAAGAGGGGCAACAGUCGCUGCGCGAGUCAACUGCAUUGCGGCGCCGUCUGCAGGAACACGCCAUCAUAUGUGCGUCCAUGCAUGCGCGCUUGGAGUACCUCUUUGAGGAAAAGAGAGAAGUGAAGGAGAGAAAAGAGGGAAACACGGCUUCACGGGAACAGGGGCAGAAGCGAGACGUGCCCGAGGACAGUCUUCGGGAGGCGUCUUCCAGCGUUCGGGAGGCGCGGCCGCCCUCUCGCGACUGCUCCUCGUCUCGGGGGGAAAAGGCCGCUCCGGCGAGCCCGCGGGCGUCGCCUCCCUGGGGCAAGACGCCGGAGCGAGAACCACAACGAACACACGAUGGAGACAAAGACAACGAAAGAGAGAGAAAGGGACAUGUGUUGGCGGUGGUGACAGCGCGCGCCGGGCGACCAGAGGAUAGGCCGGCGGUCGCCGAGAGCAACCGGAGUCGCUUGCAUUUGUCAAAGUUGCGUCAGGACUUCCUUCGGCUUCAGCAGCAGUAUGAGCGGCUGGUUCUGCUUCUCGAUAUUCAAGUCCUGCCGUUUCCGAGCCGAGACGGCGCGCGGAAGGGCGGGGAAAGCGAAGAAGUCAUCGCUGCGUGCCCGACGGAGGCUGAGAAGACGCGAGACGCGUCGAGCACAGAGGACCGCAGCAGCCACGACCUCCUGCAACUUCUUGAUUUCAAUCACUUCGCUGGGGGAUGUGGAAGCGACAGGGGUCCAAGCAGAUUCAUCCGACCGAGGAGCGAGCCUUCGUCUGGGUCUCUGUGUGCCUCGUUUCCCUCCCAAGGAGCUGUCCGUUUUCACGGAAGUCCAGGAGGCGCACUGUCCUGCUCAGGCGAGCCUUCGCCUCAUCAAGUGGGGGCUGUGCGCGCGAGGGCAACUCUCCCGGCUCUCUCGCGACCCUUGCCCACGUCGUCUUCGCUUCUCAGCGAGUUGAACGAAGACGUUCUUCUUCCUCCGCUUCGCUGUGGCCCCACACGCGGCGGGCCUUCGGCGACUGCUCCUGACGCCUCUGGCCUCGGCCAGCUGGCGUCGAGCGCGACGGCUGCGUCUCCAAGUGUCUCCUUCGUUCCGUCCUCAGCGUCUCUUUGGCGACCAACGAGCCUGCAAGAAGUCGACGAGCACCUCGAGGAAUCGCAGAGACAAGAACAGCUGGAGCAGCUGAGACACCUGGAGCAGUGCGUCCAUGUUCUACACGAAAUGCAUUUGAACAUCGCCGGCGACGUGGCUGCGGCUGAAGAGCCGAUCUUAGCUGCGGUCGACGAAACGGAGAGUGCACGCGACCAGGUUGCGCACGCCAGUCGCGAGCUUGUCGACGCCAGUCUGCGCCGGAGUCGGUGGUGGGGGCUGCAGGGCGGCGGCGCCGCUGCCGCCGCCGGCGUCUUCGUCGGGGCUGCCGCCGGGGGGCCCGUUGGAGCCGUGGCGGGCGCAGUCGUUGGAGCGUUCUUGGGCGCCGGCUCCGGCGGGGCGCUGAGGAGACAGCAUCGCAAGAAAAUAAAGAAACUCGGGGAGCGACUCGAGCGACAGCGGCGCCGGCCACACCGACAGGCGCGCGGAACCUGCCUUGGGGCCUUGGUGGACGAGGACGGAGCGGCCGAAGAGGCGACACGUGAAGCAACAGGGAGAGGAGAGCUUCACGGAGGGAGAGAAGAGCGUCACGGAGGGAGAGAAGAGCGUCGCGGAGACCCUUUUGCAGUCGGAGUCGAAAGAGAGCUCGAGAGAAGACCGGACAGAAGAGCAAAGCUGCCGGAAAGAAGAGAGCGAGCGCGAGGGACAGUUCCUUGGCUGCCGUCGGUUGCUGCUUUCGGCGUCGCCGUUCCGCGCCUGGACCGGCGCUGGAAUGUGGGGCGCGCCGCCGACCUCGUCCAAGAGCUGGGGCACCCCCGGGACGGGCUGAAGCCUGUGGGCCUUUUGUUGGGCGACGCGGAUACAGACGUGUAG